AUGCCAGGUGUCAAGUGUGGAGGUUGCGGUCGCUUUACAUCGACGCUAGAGAGCGCUAAGUGCGGUAAAUGCCAUGCGCAAUAUCACCGAGUUUGCGUGGGCGUUGCUCCCAAAGCAGUUGUUACCGCAAGCUGGCGCUGCCCAGAAUGCAAAAAACACCUAGCCAGGGACAACAGGGCUGAAACCCCUGUAAGAGGUGUUGCGGGAAGUCCACUUACUGUAAGCCCUGUAGGGCAAACCAGUGAGGAGACUAGCACGCCCAACACCACGUCUAGCCGCUCCGAUCUUGCUUCUAUUUUCAACGAGCAACAAUCGCCAUCUCCUACUCCUUCUAUGCCAUUAGAUAAGGUUUCUGUCGACGACAUCACGGCACGGGAGAUGUCCCUAAUUGCUGGCUCCAACAUGAGCCUUCUCUUCGAGGAACUGAGGGCGAUGCGUGCGGAAAUCCAGGAGUUUCGCAAGGAUAUGGAGGUUGAAAUGAUGGAGAUAAAAACCUCUAUGCGCAACUGUAACGCGCGCAUUGAUGGCCUAGAAGCCAGAAUCAGCGCGUUAGAGCAGAAGGCUUCUUCGGGUGGCUCAUCGUCCGACGGGAUCGUGGAUGAGUUACGGCGGGAGUUAAAUGACAGGGAUCAGGAGCUUUUAGCGAAUGAUCUCGAGAUAUCCAACAUACCGGAGGCAGCGGCUGACAACCCAACACACAUCGCCGCGAUCAUAGGACUCAAGUUGGGGGUGAGUUUGGAUGAACGCGAUAUUGUUAGCGCGGAACGGGUCGGCGGGAAGCAGCUCAACGCUACCAACUCUGCGGGUCCAACAGAAGCUCGGCCGCGCCCCAUUGUUGUGCGCCUGGCGCGCCGCGACCUGCGCGACCAGCUGCUGGCGAGCGCGCGCGUGCGCCGUGGAGCGACGACGGCCGACUUGGAUUUGCCCGGUCCGCCCCAGCGCUUCUUCCUAAAUGAGCGCCUCACCAAAACAAAUCGCAGGUUGUUUCGGAAGGCGCGAGAUGCAGCUAGCCUCUUCAGCUGGAGAUUUGUGUGGACCAAGCGGGGCCGCAUCCUUGCUAGGAAGAGUCCAGGUGAUACCACGCAGAGAAUCCGCACUGACGAGGACAUUUCGAGGAUAUUCGGACCUAUUAAUGAAACAAUGUGA